AUGAAGAGGGAGAGAUCUCGCAAGUGGCGUAGCGCGCGCGCCUCUCAUCCUAAUGCCGAGCGUGGCGCCUCCCGCGGCUUGCUGGCCUGGCGAGACAGCGAGCCCCUUGAAUACCUCUCCAAGUUCCACGAGGAGGAGAAGGGUCCAGAGAGAGAUCUGGUGCCGUAG